AAAGGUGACUGGAAUCGCUAAAGCUGCCAUGAGAUGUAUCUGUACUGGACUGCUUGUUUUUGCCCUGGCUUCUCAGACGGUUGAUGCUACGUUAUCAAAGACAGAUACAAAAAAGGCUACCUCAAAAAUACUGAAAGAAAAGACUCACCAUUCAGAUAAAACUGUGCAAGACCGUGGUCUAGUAGUCACAGACGUAAUGGCUAAAGAUAUUAUUGUGGAACACAAGAGCUACUGUGCCAAAAAAGCAAGAGAGCGAUACUUCUUAGGAGAUGUUCUGGGCUACAUUACACCUUGGAACAGCCGUGGCUAUGACAUGGCUAAAAUAUUUGGAAACAAAUUUAUGACGAUCUCGCCAGUGUGGCUGCAAGUGAAAAGAAGGGGCAAGGAGCAGUUCCAGGUGACAGGACUCCACGACGCUGAUCAAGGCUGGAUGAAAGAGGUCAAGAAGAACGCCAAAAACAUCAAAAUAGCGCCAAGGGUUUUGUUUGAAGGCUGGACUUACCAAGACUUUGAGAGUGUUUUUGGCAGUGAAGAUGAAAUAGAAGAGCUUUCCAAUACUAUGGUUCAAGUGGCCAAGAAUGAAAAUUUUGAUGGCUUUGUGGUUGAAGUUUGGAGCCAGUUAGGAAAUCAAAAGCAGACGGGUCUAAUUCACUUGCUUACCCACCUCUCGGAAGCACUGCAUCAAGCCCGACUUAAGCUAAUACUUGUCAUCCCCCCCGCUGUCAUGCCAGGAACCAACCAGUUGGGAAUGUUCACGAAGAAAGAAUUUUAUCAACUAGCACCAAUGGUCGACAGCUUCAGCCUUAUGACGUAUGAUUAUUCAGCACCACAACGGCCUGGCCCUAAUUCCCCUCUGCCCUGGAUGCAAGCUUGUGUUCAAAUACUGGAUCCUGAAUCAAAAUGGAGAAGUAAAAUUCUUCUGGGGUUGAAUUUUUACGGCAUGGACUACUCAGCACUUGGUGCUUCUGGGGAACCAGUAAUUGGUAACAGGUAUAUAGACAUUUUGAAGGAGCAUAAGCCUAAACUCGUUUGGGAUGAAGAAAUAGCUGAACAUUAUUUUGAAUACAAAAAAAGUAAAGGAGGCAAGCAUGCAGCCUUCUACCCAACUUUAAAGUCCAUUCAACUACGGUUAGAUCUUGCAAAGGAACUGGGCACCGGGAUAGCCAUCUGGGAACUGGGACAAGGGCUGGAUUAUUUUUAUGACCUGCUCUAAAAUAAGACACAUUCUUUUCUUCAUUGACAUUUCAUCU